AUGUGUGUCCUGACGAACUUCUGGCGGUUGGCCAACUUGAAGGCGGCCGGUGACGCGACGCGUCGAUGGCGACGAGAAAGAAUCAUGAUGGUCACCAAGCGCGCCAUCAUACUUCCCCUCAAAAAAGUCAAUCUCGUGCCUUUUGAGUCCGCCCGGGAAGAGGAGCAGGAGGGCCGAUUGGUCGAGGUGGGUCCGGAUGAUGUGCUCCGUUGUUACCAACAAGCCAAGGAGACAACAGAAUACAAAGACUGA